CGGGCGUGAGAGCGCCUCUGACUCUCCGGGCCCCGCAACGGCAGCGCCCGCACCGUGGGCGGCACGGGGUGCAAUGUCUGAACAAGACCGUAUACAGGAAUGCCUGAGGAAAGAAAUAAGGUCACUUCUCAUUUCCACCAAAGAUGGUUUGACCCCACAGCAGUUGGAAAAGGAGUACCUUUUGAUGGUUGGCAGCCAUUUACCACUCCGACUUCUUGGGUAUCGGUCCACAAUGGAGCUGGUGCUGGACAUGCCUGAUGUUGUCACUGUCUCCCCCUGUGGGGAUGGUACUGUAAUACUGAAAGCCAUUCCAGAUGAAUCCACCAAAGGAAUAGCAAGUUUAGUUGCAAAACAGAGGAGCAACCCCAAGGUUCGAAAUUUCAUGCCAAGGGGAAGGGCCAGUAUUUGCUCUGGGCCGAGCCCCCAUCGGCGAGUACCUUACCGGGGAAGGGUGCCCCCGAUUCUUCCAGCUGUUGUGAAGAGUGAGUUGAAAGACCUCUUGGCGUUAUCUCCUGUUCUCCUUUCUGACUUUGAAAAGGCAUUUGUCAGGCGAUUUGGACGUUCAUUUCAGUAUUCGCAGUAUGGAUUCCUCUCUAUGUUCGAAGUACUUAAUGCUGCUUCGGAUGUCAUUUCUGUAGAGCAGACCAGAGCAGGGUCUUUGUUGAUGCUAAGGAAGAGCAUAUCAGAGGAAAAGCAGAGAGCAUGGCCCGCAGGAGAUAAAAUGUUUACCCAGCCUUAUAGAAUGAAACAAGGGUCCUACCCCACAGUCUCGCCAGUCCGAAAGGUUCGCUUUUCUCAACCCACUUCAAACUUGGAACCACCGAAGCAAAUACUGAAUGCAGAAAAAACUUUUAAGUCAGAUGUGGUAGAGACUUCAAGGCUGAAUCACACUGAAAAAUUAAACCAGUUGGAGAACACAUUCAAAUCAGUUAUUGCACAAAUUGGACCAGGAGGGACUAUCGAUCCAAAACUAAAACAAAAGAUAAAGUUUGUUGUAUCCAAAUUUCCAGAGGGCUUAUUUAUCUCUAAACUGCUUGGAGAGUUUGAGCUAAUCUUUAAAGAGCAACUUUCACCAAAACAAUUGGGCUUCUUAAAUGUGACAGAACUGGUUGGAGCUCUUAGUGACAUUCUGCAUGUUGAGUUUAGGGAAGGAGAACAAGACUUACUGGUGUUUGAUGUCGAUACACAGCCACCACCACCUGAUGGACCCACUUCAUCGGUCAAAAAUUCAUGUUUAGUUCAACCAGAUAAGAAAAUAGAAGUCAAAACUUGUGUCUCCAGUCCCCCUAGAAAUUCACUGUCUACUGCUGCUUUCAAGGAGACUGCCUGGGAUUGUCUUCCUGAGACCCCUAAAGCGCAAGGACAAGAGAUUUACAAAAAGCCUAAUCUCGUGGAAAAACCUUUACCGCUGCAAGUAGAAGUUAACAGGUCACAGCUCAGCCUGGCAAUUGAAAACCAUGAUAUCCCACCAGAUGCUGUAUGCGACAAGAAACUGUGCAGACUGCCGCCGUUAGAUACCAGUACUCUGGUGGGGGUCUUUGUGGAGUAUGUCAUCUCUCCCAGUCAGUUCUACAUCCGAACCUACAGCAGGGAUUCAUCAGAACUACUUGAAGACAUGAUGAUUGAGAUGAGGCGCUGCUAUUCCAGUCAGCUGGUUUCUGAUCGAUAUGCCAUGCCAGAGUAUUUUAUCCAACCAGGGCAUCUCUGUUGUGUCAAGAUUUCUGAGGAUAAAUGGUGGUAUCGGGUCAUUAUCCAUCAAGUCCUCGGGAAACAGGAAGUUGAAGUAUUCUAUCCAGACUUUGGAAAUAUUGGUACUGUUCAGAAGUCCUCCCUAAGGUUUCUCAAGUGCUGCUACACAAAGCUCCCAGCUCAGGCCAUCCCCUGUUCCUUGGCUUGGGUGAGACCAGUACAGGAACACUGGACAUCCAGAGCUAUUUUGCAGUUCCAGAAGUUGUGUGGUUUGAAGCCAUUAGUGGGGGUAGUGGAUGAAUAUGUAGAUGGAAUCCUUAACAUUUUUCUAUGUGAUACAUCCUCAAAUGAAGACAUCUACUUCCAUCAUGUCUUGAGAACAGAGGGCCAUGCUAUUGUAUGCCGAGAAAAUGUCCCUUCUAAGGGUUUCAGAGAACUCAAUCCUCUAGCUUUAUAUACCAAGUUCAGUGCAGGACCAGAAGAUGUGGUCCUGACAGACCUGGGUUAUCCUUCCCAGCAGCACUAUUUUAAUGAAGACCGAGAGAUAAGUCCACAAUCAAAGGAGAAUGAAUUAUAUACCCUGAAUAUUAAUGAUGAAAAGGAUUUCCGUCACCUUACAUCUGAGAUAAAGGAGUCAUUAAAGGAUUCUGAAUUCAGUUCUUUGAAAACCCAAGAUAAGAGCUGUGAAGAAGAUCCACAGUGGUCCAUCCCAGACCUAAAGGAUCUGAAAGAAGAAAAUGAGGAUGAGAUCCCCACUGGAAUGCCAUGCCUAGAAUCAGUGACGGUUGGUGACGACGUUUGGGAUGAGCACUGGCUGCCUUUACAGGCUAAAAUGGGAAAGGGGGGCGAUGCCGCCGCCUCCUUAUUUACCUCAAGCCUUGCUGGAAAGAAGCCAUAUCCGUCAUGUCAAGAAAUACCACAGAAGGAUUGGAGCUUUUCUAAACCCAGAGAUACAUGGGAUGAUUCAUGGCAGCCUUCAGGCCUUGUGAAUGGAAUGAAAGUAGAAGUUCAAAAGCAAGGUGAACUGAGUGCUCAGGAAAAAAAUGCUGGCACAACUGGAAUUCAAAAGCAACCAGUCUCAGAGAGCUCUUUGGACUCUUCCCCAUUGCCCGAAUUGGAAGAGUUCUACAGCUCACUUACCCAGUCACAGCGGUCAGCAGACGGGAGCCGGUCUGAGCCCAGCAGCGCUCAGACGCAGGCGGAGCAGACCGAGCUGCCCCCCGCAGCGCUCGGUACCACCUCUGUGGGGAUGGGUUCCCCAGAGAAGCACUCUGGUUCAGUGGCGAGCUCUCCAGAGAGCCUAAAGAAUGAGUUUUCUAGUAGCCACGCCGUUACAGUGUUCAAAGACAAGAGGCCUGGAGCCAUGGACCAGCUGUCUUUGAUUUUGUCUUCCGAGCGCCAGAUCUCCCAGAAGCUCUACGUUCCCCGGAGCACAGCCACCGCUGCCUUAGGAGCAGCCGCGCGGCUGGCCACCUCCCGGAGCCUCCUGCAUUGGUACCCCAGUGUGAAAAGGACGGAGGCGUGAGGGAGCACGUGUGGGAGAGCCCAGUAAGCAGUGCUUCAGGGCGCGGCGACUUCCCAAGGCCAAAAUAAGGCAGAUUGAGACAAAACAGCAUUUUGAUAGUUGAUACCUGUGUCUUUCUGUGUGACUGUAUGUUACUUUUAUUAUGCUAACCGUCCACUUUGUUGUGGAAGUAUUGAUAUUUAAUGUUUUAUUUUUUAAGUGUUUCUUGUUCUGUAUAGUUUUAAUCACCUCAGUUUAAUGUAGUUUAAAGAAUUUUUGUUUCAUG